CACUCACCAUGGCGGCGAUCCUCAUGAGCCACCCCUCGGUCUCUAACUUCCAGAUCCUCGACGUCGGCGACGCGGCGGCCAAGGCAGAGACUGCGGCCGCUGGCUCGCCCGAAAUCCUUAUCGUGGACGGGCACCCGUUCCACCACGAGUUUGUGCGCGGCGCGACCGUCCUGCAGUCGGACGACGGGACGUGCUUCCGUUUCGACAUGCUCACGCUCGCUGCACUGUCGUCCUUCUUCCGCGACCUGCACGAGAUGGCCUUUGCCGAGCCCGCGCUGGAUGAGCUCGCGAUAAGCCGGAGCACGUCGGUCAGCGGGACGUCGACCGAAUGCGACGUUGUGCCGAUGCUCCCGAGCGCUAUCCCACUGCCUUCUGCGUCAACGGACGGGCUCGCACUGGCGCUAGGCAUCGUGCGCGAUGUCAUGAACCCGUCUCGCCGAGGCAUGCACACCGACCCUGCUCCGCUGUCCUGGCCUGCCCCAGAACUGCUAGACAACGUCAUCGCCAUUGCCAACGCGUACGACCUCCCCGUGGUAUCCGACACUCUGCUCGCGCGUUCACGCCACGCCACAAGCGCAAAGCACUGCUUUGAGCGCUACGUCCUCGCGGCGACGACGGACGCGCCGCCCAGCCUGCUGGAACAGGCUAUGCGCGCGACACUGCUGCACGACGUUGACCUGAUGGGCGAGUGGUGCACGCGCACACUGGUACGAUAUGCCCCGCAGGCUCUAUCGGCGCUGUACAAAGCCCACCUGGACUGGCUGCGGCGGAUCGACGAGUUCCACACGGCUGUGCGCUUCCGAGCGGCGUGCAGGCCGUGCGCUUGUGGCCACUGCACCGCCAACCGGAUGUACGUCUUCACCCCGGGCCAUGUGGCGCAGACACCGCUCGCGGCGCAUACCCAUCGCUCGGCGAGUCCUGGGCCUGGCGCUGGUGGCCAGUGCAGCGCGUGUCUGAUCAUCAACAACGGGCACGCGAACACCGACGCUCAAAUCCGCGCCCUCAUGACUUGUUUGAAGGAGACGACAUUGCUGUGGGACGAGGGGAGCAUGGUCGCCUGGGUGGAGGCACGCGACUGCGACCAAGCGCUCAAGGGCAUCAUGAAGGACGAGCUCAAGAGGCUUGGCGAGUUCCUCAAGCCCUCCACGCGCGAACAAGACCUCGUCGUCGUGUUCGACUAGACCCAGAUCCUAGA